AUGUGCAUUUCAUUCGACUUCUCCAUUACCUUCUCUAGAAAUAUACAGAAAAGAGACGACGAUGUGCAAGCCGUUCGUGCUCUUUUUCCGUUUGAAGAUGAUAUGGAGGAAAGAGAGCAGAAGAAAAAAUAUUACUACGAAAAGGAAUCCAGCGGAGAUCGCGAUCCGACCUUAACGCAAGUCGUUGAGAAUCUGCAGCUUGAGUCGUUUGAAGAAGAGCGAAAGAUUCGCGAUGAUGAGCUAACAUUCCCAUUCCCGCUGCCAUUCAUUCAUCCACGAUAG